AUGGGUCAUUUUCUGUUGCAGUUUGCUCAGAAAUUUAAAUGUGAGAAUAAAUUUCAAGCCGUUCUUAAGUCCGCACUGCUGAAACAUUCGCUAAAAGACGAUGACUUGGUUCCCCAACAGUACCGAGAGAUGUGUCGAAAGUGUGGUGUUCCGUGGCAAGAGGGCCUUUUCUCUGUCGUCCUUUUACCUGCCAGCACUCAGAGCUUGAAGCAAGUUGAGAGAUACGAAGCGAUGAGUGAUCUGACUAAGCAACAAAAAUCACUUCUGAAGUACCUCAAGAGCCGGACAAGGCGCAUUGCGAAAUUCACAUGCAGCAUAUGCUCGUACAAAACGCGCGUACGAUUGGAUCAGAAAAGGGUGAUACAAAAACCCGCAGUAGCUCCCGUGCCGCACAGCACUUCCUGUGACACAACGCCCAAUGAAGAAGGCAUGAAGGAAGAUACGAGGAAGAAACGAAAACGUCGUGCUAAAAGCCACGCCGAAUCAGGAAUGCCUCAGAACAACGGCGCCAAAAGUCAACAGCCUGCGACCGCGGCAUCUAAAUCUCCCCAACUCACCUUGCACCGCAAAGCGGCCGUAAAGCAGUUCACACCGAAAGAUUUCCGAGAAAUACAAAAAAUGCUAGCGGCCAAGAUCGAAGGUACGGAUGCUAAGGCGAAACCCAAUAAAAACACAAACGGUCGGCCCGGAAGAAAAUGA